UCGUCGCUCCGCGGCAGCGGGGAGAGCAAGAUGCCGCGCCGCAGAGGCCCGCAGCCUUCCCCCGCCCCCCGCGACGCCCAAGACCCCGGAGAGAAGCGGCCCAAGUUUUUGGACAAGUUUGCUAGCAUAAGAAUUCCAGGAAGUAAAAAAGACAGACCUCCUCUCCCCAACAUGAAGCAAGCACUCACCUCAACUAAUGACUGGUCAUCGACUUCUUCAGAGAUGGUAGAGAACAUUCCGAAACCAUUGUCAGAGAAAGAAACCUUAGAACUCUUUGAAAAGAUGAUGGAAGAUAUGAAUUUAAAUGAAGAUAAAAAGGCACCUUUGCGGGAAAAGGAUUUAAGUAUCAAAAAGGAAAUGGUGAUGCAAUACAUUAAUACUGCUUCUAAGACAGGAAGCCUGAAGAGCAGACGACAAAUCUCACCACAGGAAUUCAUCCAUGAACUCAAAACAGGAACUGCAGAUGAAAGACUUGUCACUUGUUUGGAGUCCCUGAGAGUAUCUCUGACCAGCAACCCUGUUAGCUGGGUGGAAAACUUUGGACAGGAAGGAUUGGGGUUGUUGUUGGAUGUUUUGGAAAGACUGGUUCACAGCAAAACUCAGGAAAAAGUCAUGAAGAGGAGUCAGCACAAAGUCAUCCAGUGUUUGAAGGCCCUGAUGAACACUAAGUAUGGCUUGGAAAGAAUUAUGGGAGAAGAAAGGAGCCUUUUAUUAUUGGCCAAAGCAAUUGAUCCUCGGCAACCGAACAUGAUGAUGGAUAUUGUUAAACUUCUUUCGGCAAUAUGCAUUGUUGGAGAAGAAAGCAUCCUCAGUGAAGUUUUGGAUGCGUUUACUACUGCUGGAGAAGAAAGAAAUAUUGAUAGAUUUUCUUCCAUUGUUGAAGGCCUUCAGGAUAAUUCAGUUCAAUUACAAGUGGCUUGUAUGCAGCUUAUUAAUGCUCUUGUAACAUCUCCUGAUGAUUUAGACUUCAGGCUCCAUAUCAGAAAUGAAUUUAUGCGCUGUGGAUUGAAAAAGAUCUUGCCAGAUUUGAAAUGUAUAAAGAAUGAUGGUCUGGACAUCCAACUCAGAGUGUUCGAUGAACACAAAGACGAAGAUUUGAUUGAGCUCUCUCAUCGCUUAGAAGAUAUUAGAGCUGAACUUGAUGAAGCGAAUGAUGUUUACCAAAUGGUGUGGAAUACAGUUAAGGAAACUAGAGCAGAAGGCUACUUUCUUUCUAUUCUUCAGCAUCUUUUGCUGAUCCGCAAUGACUAUUUUAUACGACCACAGUACUUCAAAUUAAUUGAAGAGUGCGUGUCCCAAAUAGUGCUACAUAGAAAUGGAACAGAUCCAGAUUUUACAUAUCGUAAAAGAAUAGAUGUAGAUUUAAGCAACUUCAUAGAUGUUUGUGUUGAUCAAGCAAAAGUAGAAGAAUUGGAAGAACGAGUAUCAGAGCUGUCCAGGAAACUUGAAAAAGAAUUUGCAGGUCACCAAGAGGCUCAAUCCCAACUACAGAAAAAAGAAGAGAAAAUUACUGAACUUGAAGCAGAAUUACAAGCUUUUAAAUCUCAGUAUGGUGCCAUCACUGUUGGCUCAGCUGCCUCUUCAACACAAGCCACAGAAGUUGCAAAUGGUCAUCAGGUGCCACCCCCUCCCCCACCACUACCUUUAUGUGGAGGUGCACCCCCACCCCCACCUCCUCCACUCCCAGGACUGCCCGUACCGUUUGGCGCUCCACCACCACCACCACCCCCUCCUCUGGGAUUUCUCGGAAGCCACCGAUCUCCUCCUCCAGAAACACUGCCUUUUGGAUUGAAGCCGAAAAAGGAAUUCAAACCUGAAAUCAUCAUGAAAAGAUUGAAUUGGUUAAAGAUCAGACCACAUGAAAUGACAGAAAACUGUUUCUGGCUGAAAGCUAAUGAGUACAAGUAUGAGAAGAUGGAUCUGCUUUAUAAACUCGAGCACACGUUUUGCUGUCAAAGAAAAGCAAAAAAGGAAGAGGAAGAUAUUGAAGAAAGGAAAUUUAUUAAGAAACGAAUUAGAGAACUUAAAAUUUUAGAUUCCAAAAUUGCCCAAAACCUCUCAAUCUUUCUUGGAUCUUUCCGUGUGCCUUACGAGGACAUCAGAAGAAUGAUAUUGGAAGUAGAUGAAACACAGUUGGCAGAGUCUAUGAUUCAGAACUUAAUUAAGCACCUUCCUAAUCAAGAUCAAUUGAAUUCAUUAUCCAAGUUGAAGAGUGAAUACAAUAACUUAUGUGAGCCAGAACAGUUUGCAGUUAUAAUGAGCAAUGUGAAGAAACUACGGCCACGGCUGAGUGCUAUUCUCUUUAAACUUCAGUUUGAGGAACAGGUGACCAACAUCAAACCUGACAUUAUGGCUGUCAGUGCUGCCUGUGAAGAGAUAAAGAAGAGCAAAAGCUUUAGCAAGUUGCUGGAACUUGUAUUACUAAUGGGAAACUACAUGAAUGCAGGCUCGAGGAAUGCUCAAACAUUUGGAUUUAAUCUCAGCUCUCUCUGUAAACUAAAAGACACCAAGUCAACAGAUCAGAAAACUACUCUGCUCCAUUUCUUGGCUGAAGUAUGUGAAGAGGAAUAUCCUGAUAUCCUGAGUUUUGUGGAUGACUUGGAGCAUUUAGAUAAAGCUAGCAAAGUCUCUGCAGAAAAUUUGGAAAAGAACUUGAAGCAGAUGGAAAGGCAGCUUCAACAGCUUGAGAAGGAUUUGGAGACCUUUCCCCCUCCUGAGGAUGCGUAUGAUAAGUUUGUGACAAAAAUGUCUAGCUUUGCUGCUUAUGCCAGAGAACAAUGGAAGCAGCUCUACAGAAUGCAUGAGAACUUGGAACAGCUAUGCCAGAGCAUGAUGAACUACUAUGCGAUUGAUGUGAAGAAGGUGUCAGUGGAGGAGCUUUUUACUGAUAUGAAUGACUUCAAAACAAUGUUCAUGCAAGCAAUAAAGGAAAACCACAAAAGAAGAGAAGCAGAGGAAAAAGAAAAUCGGGCCAGAAUAGCCAAGGAGCUAGCAGAAAAAGAAAAAUUAGAGCGUCAACAAAAGAAAAAGCGAUUGUUAGAAAUGAAAACAGAGGGUGAUGAAACAGGCGUGAUGGACAGCCUGCUUGAGGCAUUGCAGUCAGGUGCUGCUUUCCGAGACCGAAGAAAGAGGACGCCAAGGCCUAAAGACAUACGACAAAGUCUCAGCCCAAACUCACAGAGGCCUGUUCUGAAAACUUGUAAUCAUGAUAACCAGAAAACACAAUCAGAAGGGCCAUGUUCACACCACAGUAACAAUUUCAACUCUACAAGGACUCCAGUUGCCAAGGAGCUUAAUUACAAUCUAGACACUCAUUUAUCUCCAGUGAAGACCAAGGCUGUCGGGAGAAAGGAGACCUCCUAUAAUGUGGAGGGUAAAAGAGAAAAGGAGCUGGAGGUUGUUGGCUCUACUUCAAAAAAUGAAUCUAUGCCUGAGGUGGAGGCUCUGCUGGCAAGAUUGCGGGCUUUAUAAAUUCACCCAGUAAAAUUGAUUAAACAAACCACCCUAUGCUAUGCUGCUACCUUUUCUUAAAUAACCAAAGUAUAAGACAUUUUAUAUCCUAUAUAGAAAUCUAAAUAAAAAUAUAAAGCUC